GCUAUUUUACAUGGUUAAAUAACCUUAUAUCGAUUUUAAACAUUCUUUGUUAAAACGUGGUCACGCAUGACUUAUUUUAAAAUCUCUGAAGUAAAUGGUACACAUUUAAAGUUUAAAAACAGUGUCGUUCACACAGAAAAUCGUGAUGAAAUAUAAGAAUACAUAAACAAAGACGAAAAAUGACAAAAUUGAUCAUAAUGCGUCUUAUUUGGAACUGCUACUUAAUAGCAAUUUUGUCCGUUGGACCAUCGAUUCAAUAUCCGAAAGCGGACUGCUUAAUAGAUGUUGUAUUUCUAUUUGAUGAAUCGAGUGCAGUUUCCGAUGCAAUGUUUAACAAAACUUUGAGGACAGUAGACUCAACAGUAAAUAUUCUUGAUGUCAAAGAGAUGGGUGUUAAUGUUGGUGUCAGCUGUUAUGCCGACACUGUCCGACAAAUGUUCCAGAUGGACUACUUUUACAGUAAAACAACUAUAAAGAGCGAAAUUAACGAUAUGAAAAGACAACCAAAUGUGGGUCAAGCAAAUCUCCAAAAUGCAUUGAACCGAACAUGCAGGGUGAUGUUUUCCUCGCGUGCAGGUGGUCGUGCAAAAGCUGUUAACUAUCUUGUUGUAAUAUCACCAAUGACCUCUGCAUUAGACGCUGAACUUGAAGCUGUUGUUGCAUAUUGUAAAUCACGCUCUGUAAGAAUUAUUAGUAUUACAGAAGGAUCUAGUUCUGUGAUAUCAAAUACCAUAGCCUACGAUUCCACUUACCAGUUUGAAUUGAAAGAUGAAAACACAGUUGCCACGAGCCUCAGUACACUCAUAAAGGAAAAUGCAGGCUGUAAAGAAGUUAUCGACAGACUUGCUAAAUGGCUAGAAACAAUUAUAUUUGGUUCUAUAGCUCUGAUUACCUUUAUAAUGUGCCUGCUCUGCUUUCUACAAAACAGAUAUGUACACAGAAUGAAGGCUGCUCAAGAAAAGUACAAUGUACCAGAGAAAAAGACACAAUCUAAUUGCUGAUUUUAGUUACCAUAUUACCAUAUUCAAGGCAAAUAAUCGGCCAAUAAAGUCUUAUUUGUUCA